AUGCGUAUGAAGUCAUCUCUUCUCGGUGAAAUUAUGACCAGGCAUCACGAUAAACGAAUCGAUCGAGGUACCAAAAGAAGAAAGGAGAAACGACACAGCAGGCACAGCGUAAGCUCAAAGAAAAAGCCACUGCGCAAACGAUCGCCAUCAACAAGCUCAUCCACAUCUUCCAGUCGUAGCCCUGCACCAUCGACAUCAUUAGUGGUGGUACCACCACCGCCACCUCCGCCAAUCCCGGUCAUUCCAGCCAGUGUUCCACCUCCAGCAGUAGCAGCACCAUCUUAUACAUCACCAGCACCCACUUUCAUCCCUCCACCACCCGCACCGGUUAGCAUGGAUCCGAAUGCAUAUCAGGCAGCCAUGUCGGCCUAUACUGCGCAGUACAAUUAUGCUGGCCAGAUGUCAGCAUAUUCAAUUCCCCCACCGCCGUAUACGCAGCCCCCGCCGAUCCCGCCACCUCCACUAGCACCGAAUCCAAUCCUGCCCCCUCCACCAUUACCACCGAUGCCGUCAGCAAUGCCACUGCCACCCCCACCUCGGUUACCUUUGCAGCCUUCCCAGCCUCCGCCACCUGCGCCACCGGACACACCAAAUCCAAAUCCAGUAGCCACUCAUCUCACCGCUCAUCCAAGCACAUCAUCCAUGCCUGCUGUAGCACCCCCACCAGCCCCGCCACCGUUACCUCCUGCCAAACGAACCAUACGACCCCUUGUUUUGAACAAACGCCUGAAGCUACGAGAAGAUCCCGAGAACUGGGGCUGCUCAACAGUGGAGAAGUAUGAAAUUAAAACGCAAGUGGGUGAAGGUACAUACGGACAGAAUGACGUUUUUUUUUUAAAAAAAGAAUGCACUGUUUCAGAUGAGGUUGUUGCACUCAAAAAAGUGCGACUGGAGAAUGAGAAAGAAGGUUUUCCAAUAACGGCCGUUCGUGAAAUCAAGAUACUUCGUCAGCUGAAUCAUAAGAAUGUUGUAAGAUUGAUAGAUAUUGUUACUGAUAAGCAAACAGCUGCUGAUUUCCGGAAAGAUAAAGGGGCCUUCUAUUUGGUAUUCGAGUACCUUGAUCACGAUUUAAUGGGCAUCCUGGAAAGCCAGUUUGUGGAGUUCACGGAUGAUCAGAUUGCCUCGCUUAUGAAACAGCUAAUUUCCGGAGGUGAACUCAAAUUAGCAGACUUUGGUUUGGCAAGGUUUUACGAUGAAGAACAAGAUCGGCCUUAUACGAACCGUGUGAUAACGCUGUGGUACCGGCCACCUGAACUGUUAUUGGGCGAAGAGCGAUAUACAACGGCUGUUGAUGUAUGGAGUGUUGGAGGUGAACUCAAAUUGGCAGAUUUUGGUUUGGCAAGGUUUUACGAUGAGGAGCAAGAUCGGCCUUAUACGAACCGUGUGAUAACGUUGUGGUACCGGCCGCCUGAACUGUUAUUGGGUGAAGAACGGUAUACAACGGCUGUUGAUGUAUGGAGUGUUGGAUGUAUUCUUGGAGAAUUGUAUACAAAGAAGCCGUUGUUCCAAGGGAACAGCGAAAUGGUGCAACUUGAUGUAAUAUCGAAAUUGUGCGGCACGCCAUCUCCAGAAAAUUGGCCGGAUGUCAUCAAAUUACCCCUCUACGUCAGUUUUCGACCAAAGCGAACAUUUCCGCGCGUCCUACGUGACACGUUCGGAUUUAUACGGGAUAAGCCAUUGGAUUUGCUGGAUCGAAUGUUGGAGCUCGAUCCGAAGAAGCGGAUUACCUCCAAAGCAGCACUGGCGCAUCCUUGGCUGAAAGAUGUUGAUCCGUCCAGCGUGCCACCGCCAAAACUUCCGGAUUGGCAAGAUUGUCAUGAGCUAUGGUCAAAAAAGCAACGCAAAAAUCGUUCAGCGAACAACAGCGUAUUAAUGUCACAGUCACAAAUGUCGUUUGAUCAGCAGCAACAACAACAGCAGCAGUCUUCAAUGUUCCUCAGUUUGGCUUCGCAACAGGUGAGUUAUGUUCUUUGA